AACUCGACACUUCAUGUACAUGUACAAUCAGUGACAAUGAAAAAGUAUCACGAAUGUUCAACAAUUCAGUGGGGAAUGACAAAAGUGAGAAAGUGCAUCCCUCCCGGAGACCUCACCAUUUCAGAAUCCUGUGAUCCUGUUGUAAUGAUUCUAUUUAAAGACAGGGAAAUACCCACAUUUGUCAUAUUUGCUAUGUGCAAUACUGUUCUUCAGCCAACAUUCUUGCCAAAACCAAGUGAGUGAGAGGUGCAUUUUAAGACUUCAUCAAGAGACAGCCAAUGCCAUCUGUACAUCACAGAAGUCCAAGUUUGAAAGUCAACCAAACAAUGGCAACUGGAGGCACAACUGAGGUUCUGCAGGAGAUCAGUGAGCGUUAUCUACAAUGCUCCAUCUGCCUCAACUGUUUCACUGAACCAAAAGCAUUGAACUGUCUUCACAGUUUCUGCCUGGAAUGUCUCAAAUAUCUCAUAGAAAACCCAGAUACGGAAACAGCAAAGAUCACAUGUCCCCUGUGCAGACGUGAAACAACAUUGGGAAGAAAUGAGGUUGAAGAUCUGUCAACCAACUUCACACUGAGUGCCCUGGUGGAGGAGUUUGCCAUGCAUGAACAGCUUCAACAGGGUCAAGGGUCAGAGAUCAAAUGUCAAAGCUGUGAUGACACAAAUCAAGCAACUUCAUUUUGCAUGAACUGUGCUCACUUUCUUUGCAAAGAUUGCCAAAAGGUACAUGAACGUCUGCCAGUAACAAAAUCUCACCAAACCUACACACUGUCUCAGCUUCAAUCAGGAGAGAUUGCCUACAAGAGCAAACUAAGAGAAGAACCAAAAUGUGAACAACAUCCGGAUCAGAAUAUUAACAUUUAUUGCAACACAUGUCAGCAGUUGGUAUGCACAACUUGUUUUGUUCUGAAACAUCAAAAACACUCUUGCUCUGAUAUAUCUCACGCCUUUAAAAAAUGCAAUCAAAAAAUUGCAGAACUGAUGGCAAAGGCCGAAGAUAAGAGAGAAGAACUGAACAAUGCCAAAACAAACAUAGCUGAGUCUCGUAAGAAAUUAGACAACUUGUUUGAUGAAACCAACAAGAAGAUCUCCCAAAAGGCUGACAAGGAGGUUGCUAGGAUCAGAGAGAUGGAGCAGAAACUGAAGCAAGAGGCCCAGGAGAUCUACCAAGACAGAGUCAAGACAUUGACGACUGCAGAUGACAUCAACAAUACACAGCUGAGGGUAGUAGAGCUAGAACUGGCUGAGAUAAACAAUCUCCAGGCUGAAGAAAUCAAGACGGAAAUUUUAAAAUUGAAGCCCAAACUCUUGCACAACCUCCAAGAAAUAACAAGGAGAGAAAGGCCACAAACUGUGCCAGAGAAUUUGCACUCCUUUGACUUUCAUGAGAGCAAUGAAACUGUGAAGUCACUCGGAAGGCUGAUCUUGAAAGAUAAGUUUAAACUGGAGAGACAAAUGAAACGGGACGAGACACAAAUUACUUCUGUUGCAGUUUUCUCAGAUAACGAAAUAGUCACAGUGGAGAGUAAACUCGGGUAUCUCAAAUGCAAACAGCUGGUAUCUUAUUUACCAACAAACAAUUCCACAUCUUCUUUCAUCUCCAAAAUGCUACAAAUUCAAGAUAUCGCAAAUCCCAUCAAAAUUGCAGUGAAUAGACUCGAUCACCUCAUUGUCCUAGAUGGUUCUCCAGUCAACAUGGUCAAGACCUUCAGCAGAGAAUAUCAACUCCUCCAUCGGUUCCAGCUAGCUGUAGAAAGCAUUAGUUACAUACCAGUAGGACCAACCUGCCUGGCAGUGGAUGAUGACAAUCUGAUAGCUGUGGGCUACAUGGCCAAGGGAGAGAUCAGCCUCCACAACCCAGAUGGAACCCUCAUCAGGAGACUACCAGCACCAAUGACUGAAGAUCAACUGGUCAUGAGCAACAAGCAGAUCAUAUACUGGAGCACUGACCACAGCACUUGUAUACUGGUAUCUACAGAUUACCAUGGUAACACAGUAUUUGAAGUGGACAAUUCCAAUCCCAGGAGUGUCUGCUGUGAUAUGCAAGGCAACAUCUACAUGUACAUAUCAUCUGAUUAUAAAAAAUCAACCUGGCAGGGGAGGCUUCUCAGGUGGGGUAGAAGAAAUAUCCAUCAGUAUAAUGCAGAAGGCAAGUACACCAGAGGCAUAAUCAAGGAAGAUAUGGAUGUCACUGCAAUGACAUGCACGACUAGAGGGGAUCUGUUGCUGGGUGGGACUUCCCUGAAACUCUACUGUCGUGUCUGAAAACUGAAACUUUAGGCCAGAUUGGAAGUGACAAAGAAAACAAGUAAUUUUGUGCGUUAGGAUAAUACUCCAAGCAAGUGGUAUGAGGAAAUGCCCAUUGGAUAAUCUCAGUUGUUUUACAAGUAAUUCCAUUCAUCAACGUCAAACAGCAUGUGUGUACAAACAGAUUACUGGGAAAUUACAUUUUUGUCAUUUUAGCAUUAUAUCAAAUAACAGUUCUGCAGCAUGUACAUGUACAUAUACUUGAAAAUCAUAAGAAAACAUGCUGUUGAAAAUUUCAAACAACUGAAUCCAAUCCAAGACAUUUCCCAAUAAUUCGUUCUGCAAUGUUUUUAUCAAUUUAUAUCACAAAAUUUUGGAAAGUCUAUUCAGCCAAGAUUUGGCGAGUCCCAAAAAUUGUUCUCUUCUGUAAAAUUGAGAGAGUUGCAAUGGACUAUUCCUGAACCGUGUACAUGUAGUUUGUCAAACCAACUAGAGAAAAGGCAGGCUUGAACAGAACUUGUAAAAACAGAACUUGACAAAUUGACACACAAAUGUAGCAGUGCUUGUUCACUGUGAAGAGAAAACAACCGAAUUCAACUAAGACAAGUAAAAACUAACCAGGAAAACUGGGGAUUUUUUACUGACUGUUGUAAAAUCCAAACUCAUAUAGGGAAACUGACUAGGUGCUUACAUUAAAUGAUUAACUCUUAAGCUCUGUAUUUUAAUAUGAACCACUCUCAUUUGACAGUCAGAGAUAUCUAUGUACAUGGAGGGGUUGAAGGCUAACAUAUAAACUGAGUUGAAAGAUUUCAUUUUUAGAUUUAUGAAACCAAAAAGGACUUUUGAGUGUAUUUCAAAGCAAACAGUGGAUAACAUAAUUAGUUGGUGACAUUUCAUAAACUGUAGGGAACAUUUAAAUGAUUGUUUGUAUAUGGCUAAAAUAUUAUCAAAAUGUUGAAAUGGUACUGAGUAAUGAAAUUUAGCCUGAAUAUUGGAUGGAUCUGGGUGUGAACAGAUUUGAAAAUUGUAAAUGAGGUUUGAAACUUGUAAGUGAACUAAUGGAUUUCAGCUGAAAAGAGUGCAAAUUUCCUGAACAAAAUGUUAUAAAGAUCUUGAAAUAAUGAAUGAGCACUUUCAACAACUUUUUAAAAGUAGCUUAGACCUAAAACUGGUAAACUGUUAUGUGUAUAACAAGAAAUUUAGUUAGAGCUUGAAAAAGCAGAAGGCUUGUAUAAAUGACUGGAAUUUAUAAUCUUGUUUUGUACUAAUUAUCUUUAAUCACAUCAUUUAGAAGGUACUAGUUACAAAAUUCAGGCUAACCUAAAAGGUUCUCGUAAUCUCACUAGCAUAUUAGAUCAGUGUCACCUUUCCUUGCUCAAUGACUAGUCAGCCAUAAACCUGUCAGCAUCUCGUUCAAACACCAUCAGAAGAGCAGUUUCUAGCAAUGUCGCAAGCUUUAAAAUAGCCCAACUGCAUACUGAGGCAUGACAUCAGGAACUAAAAAAAACACACUUCAUUAUGUACAUUUGUGUCAGUCUGAAGUUCAAAUCAAGUACAUGUACUCAAACCUGCACCACCAAAGGUCUAAGUUUACCUAAGUUUACAGGCAAAAAGAGUGUUUUCUCUGUAAAAUUCUAGACUUUCUGACUACAAGCAUUACAAUUAGGCCUACACAAUUACAUGUGGGCAGAAAGUGACACAAGAAAUGUUUAUUUAUAAACAAGCUGCUUAAACUGGGCUUGAAAUCUGUGAAUGCGUCGCAACCUUUCACAACUAAUUGUUACGGGACAUUUCAGUUAUAUUCCAAUGCUUGUACAUGGCUUUCAUUUACACAUAUACCUGUGCAGCAUGUAGCUUUAAUUACAUGUUCAUGUAAAACAUGUCUUGUUAUUUGAGAACAUUGAGUUCUGUGUGGGGUGGAUCUCAAUAACAAAGAGGAGGGGGAAUUGUGACGAAAUGGGAAAAUUGAUUCAAAGAUUCUUAGGCACCCAUGCAUGUGAAAAAGGAUGUGAUUUCCUGACCGAAAGAGUCUGGAAUUCAUUUGGAUGAAAAAUGAGGCAAGUCAAUACCAAGAUGUUAAAUAAUAAAUGGAGCUCUUUUUGUCAAAAGCUUCCGCAUAGAAGAUUGCUCGUACAUGUACUGUGUGUAUGGUAUGGCGAGCACACAUGUACAGAUAGAAAAAAUAACUUGGUGUUUAAAUUUUAUUCCUUAAUUCCAAUGUGCAGGUUAGCUGAGCUAAGAUUGUGUACUCUACAAGUAAAUAAUUGAUAUGCUAUGACAAAUGCAUCUUUGUUCACUUGGGUAACGUUUGUCAUUCUACUUUUGUGACCUGACGGUUUUCAUAACAAAUCAUUUCCAUACUGAUCUGUUAGAGUUUCACUUUCAAGUGUACCCUUGUUAGUUAAAACCCAAUGAGUCGGUGUGACACAUGUAUUCCAACAGCGCAUGCUUGACAUGAAGUAAGUCCAAGGUCAUUUAGAUGCCCAUGAUAUCUGCUCUGUCAGCACAGCCCUACCUAAGUAGACUCACAUGCACGCUUUGUUCCCAACUGAUAUUGCUUUCUUUGAAAUAUUGAACUGGCUCAUUGGUCUCAAACUUGUCUCUUGUUCAAGAAUCAUUCAAGUGAAAUUGAUAGCAGCAUUAAAAAUUUGAGGAAAGAAGCUGUUUUCUGUUGCCUUAAUUUCCUGCUUCCUGUACCAGCCUUUAGGAGCUGGGUAGCUAAUACACAGUUUGGACAAACUUGCGGUACAACAGACACUUAAAAAGUCUGCACAUUACUGAAAACUUGGUUUAAAUCUUGACCCCAAAACAAUCAAACAGACUGACAUUCAGAAGUAAAAAACUGAGACAAAAAACCCUUAAGCCUAAACAAAUGAAUCUGUCAGUCUCUGUGUCAGUUCAAAUACUAGGAUUGACGCUGUCAUUUGGCUUUGUGUAAUUUUAGCAGCUACCAGAACCUUUCAACCUUUUAUUCUACUUUGUUAAUGCAGGAAUCAACAUUUUAUUCUC